AGGAAAUGCUUGAUUUAUGUAUGCAUUGCGCAUGAUAUCCAACAUGAUAAAUAAAGUGAAAAUUCUUUUGGAACUACUCUUUUUGUACGCAGUUUCUUCUGCAGGAGAAGAAAAAAUUGACGGUGGAUGGACUUCUUGGAGCAUACUCUCAGAUUCAGACUGUUCCGCCCCUUGUGGAGGUGGCGAAGAGACAAAAGUUCGCACUUGCACCAAUCCGAAACCUCAAAAUGGUGGAGCAGAUUGUGAAGGACCGGACAAGAUUUCCGUCCCUUGCAAUGACGAGAGCUGUGAUGAUAAAAUGGCGAAUUCGGAAUGGGAGGAAUGGUCCCCGUGUUCUACUACUUGUGGCAAGGGUAAACGUGAAAGAGUAAAGAAAUGUGUCAAUGGUGAUGAAAACGGAUAUCAAUGCGAAAAAAUCAAGGAAAAAUCUCAUGAAGUGGAGGAAUGCAAAGAAUGGUCUCCUUUUAUAAAGGAAGAAUGCCCUAGUCCUUGUGAUAAAAACUACGAUGAAUACCAGAAUAUUGACAAGCUAAAACACUGUCCGGAUAGAGCCAAAUGCGAUGAUUUGAGUGAUGAUCUCGGACCGAAAAGGAAAUGCAAAUGUGUAAUGGGUUAUGAAUUGGAUGAGAGGAAUUGGAUAUGCAAAGAAAAGCCACCAGUAAAGCCAACGCCCAGGCCCAUUCCUACAUUAAGUCCAGUUCAGAAGGUCGUUGCUGUGGUAGUGACGAAAACAGCUAGUACAGUUCUCCUAGUUAUGGUGUCGCUGACUUUAGCUCUGUUCAUUAUCAUGAGGAUUUUUACUGUGGACAGAGUAAUUCAAAUGAACAUGGAAUUUGCUCUGUUGAUAGCUCAUUUAUUUCUGCUGUUUCCUAAUGACAUAUCCACUGAUAAUCCCGAUCUGUGUCAAGUUGUAUCGAUUGCACUGCAUUUCUUUUUCACGGCAUGCUUUAUGUUCAUGCUCUUAGAAGCGCUUCACGUCUACAGCAUGGUGGCAUUCGUGGUUUCUAGAAAUGGACUUCUAAGCAGAUUCCAAAACAUGCUAGUAGGUUGGGGUGUCUCCGUACUUAUCAUUAUUGUAGGUGUUUGCUUUUUCUUGGAAUAUUACGGAGCAGAAUAUCAUUGUUGGACACAGAUGGAUAAACCUCUUUCCUACUUAACAUUAGGACCUAUCACAGCCAUAUGCAUCCUGAAUUUCAUUAUGCUAGAGGCAGCGGGAAAUGCAAAUUAUAAGCCUCUCAAAAUUAUCGACCAUCGUCAGCUGCUCAGUUGCAAAAUCCAUCAGCGAUCAAACCUAAUUUUAAUGCCUCUAAUAUUUGCAUCAUUCGUUAUUGGAAUGGUCUCAGAUUAUGAGCAAAAUCUGGCUCUCUACAGUGUCUUCUCCAUUUUGAAUACUGUAAUUGGAGUACUGGUAUUUCUCUUCCACUGUUUAGGAAACGAUCAGGUUAGACAGAAAGUGAAGAAUAUGUUCAAGUGUUGUUUUAGGCAAGAUAAUUGAAAAAGCAGUCGACACGUUGAAAUCGUUAAUUAUUCUUGCCUGAUUUCUUUUAUUUUUCAAUAAAGUCUA